AAAAGUGCUGAGAAAAACAUUAACCAUUAUUCAAAAUGUUGUACAGCAGUGAAAAAUAUGGUCAGCCCUUUGUGGCUCCUAUUCGAUUGUUUUAUAUACUAAUAAUUUUCGUGUGUUUGUCGACUGAAAUAAUCACAAUACCAUUACCUACACCUACGCAAGAAUAUCAAGAUUAUACUACAGAGAAUUUAACUAUGUUGGCAGAAAACUCAACAGAUAAUAACUUAUACAUUAUAAGAGCAGUAGUAUAUGAAAUUGGAGUUUUAACGGAUACUAAUAAUAACACUGAUGAAAAUCCAGAAAGACAUGAAGAGGUUAACAUUUCAAUUUAUAAUCCACCACAUAAAGAAAAUGGUUUGUUAGAUUUGGACAAAGUUCCAAUAUCAACUGAAGAUACUUUGAGUACGCAAGAAAGUAAUGCAGGAACAUAGUAUAAAAAUAUGUUAGAAUGUAAUUUUCAUUAAUAAUAUGCAGUUGAAUGAAAAAAUUAA